AUGAAUUUUCUUAUUCUCUUCAUUACCAUUUCUGUUUCCUCAAUGGUUCUCAAUGCUAAUGCUCAAUCUCAACCUCAAGCUCAAUCUCCAGGAAAUCAAGAUGUUAGAAUAGUGCAUCACCAGAAUUUGAAUAAGAGAAUUCUACUAGCAUUGAUUGCUUCUUCUGCUCUUGCUGGAAUCUUCAUCUUCUUAUUGUUUUUCUUCUUACGGCGAAAUAGAAAAUUAACAAUCUGCGCGAGUAAAAGCCGAGGAACCUUAGAGGCUGCGAAGAGGGAAAAGGAAAACAUAAGUUCUGUUAGUGCUAAACUUAACUACUCGAGACUGGCUGAUAAGAAGAGUUCGAUUGCUAUUUUCGACUUUCAAUUGUUAGAAGGUGCAACAAACAACUUUUCCAGAGAUAAUAUUAUGGGAGAGAGUGGUUCUAGAAUUGUUUACAGAGCUCGUUUCGAUGAACAUUUCAAGGCUGCUGUGAAGAAAGCGGACAGUGAUGCGGAUAGAGAAUUUGAGAAUGAAGUGAGUUUGUUGAGCAAGAUUCGGCAUCAGAAUAUCAUAAAACUCCUGGGCUAUUGUAUUCACGGUGAAUCGAGGUUUCUUGUUUAUGAGUUCAUGGACAGUGGUUCUCUGGAAACUCAGUUGCACGGUCCUACUCGCGGAUCGUCUUUAACUUGGUAUAUCCGGUUAAGAAUCGCAAUUGAUGUUGCUAGAGCAUUAGAAUAUCUCCACGAAAACUCCAAUCCUCCUGUGGUUCAUAGAGACUUAAAAUCUUCCAAUAUUCUUCUCGAUUCUGAUUUUAACGCCAAGCUAUCAGAUUUUGGACUCGCUGUAGCUUCUGGCGUGCAACACAAGAACAUGAAAAUGUCGGGAACUUUAGGAUAUGUGGCACCCGAGUACAUAUCACACGGUAAACUAACUGAUAAAAGCGAUGUCUAUGCUUUCGGGGUUGUACUUCUAGAGCUUCUUACCGGAAGAAAACCGAUGGAAAACAUGUCUUCAGACCAAUAUCAAUCAUUGGUUUCAUGGGCCAUGCCUCAGUUAACUGACAGAUCAAAGCUUCCAAGUAUUUUGGAUCCUGUUAUCCAAAACACAAUGGAUUUGAAGCAUUUAUAUCAGGUUGCUGCAGUGGCUGUGCUUUGUGUGCAAGCAGAACCAAGUUACAGACCACUUAUAACAGAUGUCUUGCACUCUCUCAUUCCUUUGGUACCCUUAGAGCUUGGAGGAUCACUCAGAGUUACAGAACCAAUCGGCUCGCAGGAUUUUCAGUGA